CCCUCCUGUGUGGAGAUGGAAGCCAAUGCAGCAAGCGAUGAGGGUGUGCAUUUCCAGAGUUACCCUUUUGACUUCUUGGAGUUCCUGAACCACCAGCGCUUUGAACCUAUGGAGGCCUACAACCAUGAACAUGCCAAAGCCAUUGCUGCCCUCCCUUGCCCACAGCCACAGUAUGAAUAUGCCCAGCCACCAACAGCUGUUCCACCUGCUCACUUUGACCGCGUCCCUGCCACCAUUGGCACACCUAAACCCAAAGCUGAGGGCCCGUCCUCUUCUUCCUCAGCUAGCUCAUCUAGUACCAUUCAAGUUAAGAAAGCUGAACCAGGGGCCCCUGUGCCACCUCCACCUCCCCAGCAGCAACAGCACCAAGUGCCAUACAGUACUCCAGCAGGUCAGCCUCUCUUUGACAGUACAGCAGCAGCAGCUGCAGCUUAUAACACUCCUCAGUGGGGCAUAGUAGACCUUUCUGGCCACCAACAUCUCUUCAACAGCCUGAAACGUGGGCAGGCUCCCCCAUCAACUGCAGCCACAGUAACUCCUGACAGUCAGGCAGGCAAAGAUGAUAAGAACUAUUUUCGUCGACUGAAAUACUUCAUUGAUCGGCGUUUCCCAUGCGGUGUAUGCCAGAAGUCAUUCAAGCAGUCAUCCCAUCUUGUGCAACACAUGUUAGUGCACACAGGUGAGCGGCCGUACGAAUGCACCACCUGUGGCCGUACCUAUAACCAUAUCUCGAGCCUCAUCCGGCAUCGCCGUUGUCACAAAGACACUGAGGAUGCUACUGCUGCUGCCAAUACUGUGGCUGCCAAUGUAGCAGCCGCCAAUGUGGCUGCAGCUGCAGCUGCUGCUACCGCCAGCAUAGCACCUGGUGCUGAGGGAGCAGCCCAGCCUCCUACCCAAAGCAGCAACCCCCAGUCAGUAGCUGCACCAUCUGUAGGAACAGCUACAUCUGCCCUCAGUGCUGCCAUAGCUCAAGGCGAAGGUCCUUUUGCCUGCUCUCUGUGCUGGAAAGUGUUUAAAAAGCCAAGUCACCUUCACCAGCAUCAGAUUAUUCAUACUGGUGAGAAGCCAUUCUCCUGCUCUGUCUGCCAGAAAAGCUUUAAUCGCCGUGAGAGCUUAAAACGACACGUGCGGACACACUCAGGCCUGUUGCGAGUGCAGUGUGGGGUUUGUGGCAAAGAAUUCCGGGAUGCCUCCUACCUCCUCAAGCAUCAGGCCACUCAUGCUCCUCCUGGAACUUUACCUCCACGCCCCGAGUACAAAUGUGACAUUUGCGGAAAGGGUUAUGUGGCUCCCCAGAAUCUACUACGUCAUCGGCAGCUCCAACAUGAGGGUGCCCAGCUGUCCAAGGAUGGCACUAAUACCUUGUCUUAUCUGCCACCAGGGUCCUACCUCCUUCCACAAGACCCACAAGGUACAGGCUCUGAGGGAGACACCAAGCCAACAUCCUAUGGCCUCUUGGGUGCCCACCCCUUGCUGGUGGGGACAGCAGCAGGCAAGAAUUUCUGCUGUGAAAUCUGUGGCCGUGGCUUUGGGCGACGGGAGACACUAAAGCGUCAUGAGCGGAUCCACACAGGUGAGAAGCCUCACCAGUGCUCAGUGUGCGGGAAGCGUUUCCGUGAAUCUUUUCACCUCAGCAAACACCAUGUAGUGCAUACUCGGGAGAGGCCGUACAAAUGUGAAAUAUGUGGGAAAGUGUUUGGUUACCCCCAAAGCUUAACUCGGCACAAACAGAUUCACCGAUUACAGCUACCUUGCUCUUUACCAACCAUGGGGUCUUCCCUGACCCCCAUGGGCCCUUCUCUCCCUCCACCCCCUGAGGGACUAACCUAUGGCUGUUCUGACUGUGGAGAGCGCUUUCCUGAUCUUUUUCAUGUCAUGAGCCACAAGGAAGUCCAUGUGGCUGAGAAGCCCUACCCUUGUGAUGUCUGUGGCAAAUGUUUUGGUUUCAUUGAGAAUCUCAUGUGGCACAAACUUGUCCACCAAGCUGUUCCUGAGAGACUUGUAACACCAGAUGAAACAGUAGCUGCUGUCGCCCCACUAGAGAAUGGGCUAGCUAGUGGUGAGAACAUGUCAUCUUAUGAAGAUCAUCCGACCUUGCCAAGUGGAGAACGUUUCUCCUGCUCUAUCUGUGGCCAGACCUUCAAGCAUUUCCUGGGACUUGUGACUCACAAGUAUGUGCAUCUGGUGCGUCGCACGUUGGCCUGUUCGGUCUGUGGACAGAGUUUUGCUGGAGCUUAUGACUUGCUGAUGCAUCGUCGCAAACACUUGCAAAAGCGUCACUUCUCUUGCCCAGUCUGUGGCAAGCGCUUCUGGGAAGCUGCCCUUCUCAUGCGUCACCAGCGCUGCCACGCCGAGAAGCGCCCAUACCGCUGUACUGUCUGUGGGCGUGGUUUUCUGCGCUCGUGGUACCUGCGUCAACACAAAGUGGUUCACACAGGUGAGCGUGCUUACAAGUGUGCCCUCUGCAACAAGCGCUUUGCCCAGUCAUCCAGUCUGGCAGAACACCAGCGUCUUCACGUAGUUGCCCGGCCUCAGCGUUGUCCUACUUGUGGCAAGAACUUCCGCUACCGUAGCAACCUUUUGGAACACCAGCGGGUCCACCUGGGAGAGAAGGUCUACCGCUGUGACCACUGCUCCAAGAGCUUCUUCUAUCUGUCAUCCAUUCUGCGUCACCAACGCUCCCAUGAUGCUAAGCGUGAAUUAAGAUGUGGGGCCUGCCUCAGGCUCUUCAAAGACCCUAAGUAUUUUAGCAAACACCUCCAGGCCCAUCAGGGAGGACGGCCCUUCAAAUGCAGCACCUGCGGAGAAGCCUUCUCCAAUACUUACGGCCUCAAAAAGCACCGCCACAUUCACAAGAUGGAGCGCUUUGCUGCCAUGGGGGUCCAUAAGGAACAGCCCUAAUGUAGGAAUAGUAGCAGCAGGAAAAAAAAUGGGUGGUCCAUAUAUUGGUACUGUAGGAUGGGAUUUGAAGCUAGUUCCAGGUUUCUGUGAGCCAUGAUGGCAAGGCAUUUCCAUGUAUAGAAAAUAAGAUGUGCUUGUUAGCAGUGAGAUGCUCCAGUUGGGCACUAAUUUGGAAGAGUCAUCAAAUCAUAAAGUCACGAGCAGGACAAGCCACAUAGAGGCAAGAAUGAAUUGUAAAGAUAGGGUAUGUGCUGUAAUUAAGAAGAGGUAGCCACCAGUUACUUGCUAGAUUUCUGCUCUCUAGCAGAGUAUCUUGACCGCUCUGGAUUUUUAAACUAAUUGCCUGGGGAAAGGGAGAUGGAGAUAGCAAUCAUAGAAGUGACCUUUGCCUGUCAACCAUGGCCACAGUGUUGGGGGAUGAAAGUUUCUUCCUGUUUCUGAGCAAAUGGGAGCAAAUAAGGUUAUGGUGGAAUGAUAUAUUUUUUUUCAUUUGAAGCCCAUGCUUCUGGAAUGGAAACCAUAUGGCAUUCCAGUUCACAAGAAGAGAUGGUGCUUCCUGUAAUCCCCUUUACCGAGAGAGAAAUGUUAGACCCACUUCAUUGGGAAUGAGACAGGAAGGACCAUGAUACAGCACUUGAGGAAUGUCCACCAAUCUUUUGUGUAAACUCAACUAUGUAAUCUGCAUUAGGUAAGCCUUGCUUGCAUUCUGAGAGAAAGACUUUAAUUAGUGUCCUUUCUUCAUAUGUAUAAAGAAAAUAGGCUAGUUCUCAAUUUUUUAAGACCUGGGAGGUAGUGAGACAUGUCUGUGGACAGUACAAAGUUAACUGAGUCUGCUUGAAUUGUCUAGUAGUGUGUGGCACCUGUUGUCUAAAUGCUGUUGUGCCAUAACAUUUGUUAUAUUGCUGUCUUCAGAACAGAACCAGUUCAUGAUGCAACUGGAGGUUCACAAGAACUACCUAUAAAAGAAAAGUUGAGCCUAGAAGGUUUCUAGCCAAGCUUCCCUGGCAUACCACUUUCCAUAUUUAGGGAGCACUGAAUGUUAAAAAGCAUUUGGAAUUGUUAUUGUUCCCAUUAUGCACCCCUGAAGAAGCAAAAUCACAGGAUAAUUGUAUUGUGUGCUUUUCUAAAUGUUCAAGUUGGCCCAUCAGGAGUAGAGAGGAAAUACAAAAGUAGGCUAGG